AUGGCGCUUGCUACACCGUGGGCGCACAUUCGGGGGACGGACCCCGACGACAAGGAACCGAUGAGUGAAGAGAACACAGAAGAGGGGAAUGGGAAUGCCAAGGAUCAGCAGCCAUCUUCAUCUUCAGACGAGGCGUGGGUGGAUGAGUGUGACGACAAUGAAGCAGGCCAAAGUAUGCUGCCUCUCGACACUGGAGCAGACGACGACGGAAGAGCUGGAGAGCAGAAAGAAAACGCAGCGAAAGACGCAACAGCUCGUGGUACGAUUCUCCACGACGAGGAGUUACAAGACAAGCUCGCUACAAUGCUCGAAACAGUGGAGUCGAUGAAGCAGCUCCCUGAUAAUCUGAAGGUGCAAAAAGACAAAGAAUCUGCGAAGAAAGAUAGCUCCCCCAUUAAGAAAGCUAGUAACAUGAAAGCGAAAACAGAGAGGAGCCGACUUCGCGUCAAAUCUUCCGCAAACAGGAGCAGUGACGAGGAGGAUAAAGAAGCUACACAAGAGCAGCUUUUCGAGGACCACCUGAUCGAUUUGAAGAGGCCUUCGGCUGAAACAGAAGCAGAGAUUUCUUCCGAGUUGCUCGCAGAUGGGAUAGAUAUUGACCGCGGGUGGAGAUUUUUGAGACGGGCGAGAACAGCAGUAGCCCGUCUGAUGAAAGGUGGGGAGCGGCCGACUCGCUCGGAUAUUGCAAGGGAGAUCACGGUAGCCCUCAGGUCCGCAGGCAUUGACCGGACACCUGGCUGGCAUUUUCUCCGAAAAUCACGGACAGUGCUCUAUGCCCUCUAUCGCGUCCCACGGCCGUCCUAUGCAGCAUUGCUCAUCGAGGCGCCGGAACGUGAAGCCCCAGCAGGGCGCGUCUCAAUCUCAGACCGUCCCGCUGAAUUCAAGAGGGCAAUCUCCUACGACUCUAGCACAUCUAUCCGCCAAGCAGACAGAGGAGAUGAAGUGAAGACAAAUGAACGAGAUCAGGGUGCACAAAAACAUGGGCUGGCGAUGCAUCAUGACCGUCCAGUCGUCGACGACUUAGAAGAAAAGACCAUUGCGGUAAAGAAAGAUGCUGCGGACGAGCAAGAAGCCGAUGCCAUUGCUGUACAUCCGGCACUCGAACCCGAAAUCAUUGCACACCUUGAUUCGCAC